CACCUGCCCCCGCCAUACCCCCCUGGCGUGGGGCCGUUGUGUGGUGCAGAGUUGGAGGCGUGGUAUGAGGACUUGCAGGAUAUUCUAGGCUCUGACACGGGAGGGGCAAAACUGGCACGUGCCCCCACAUGCACAGAGAAGGAGCCGGAGUUUCUGGAUGUUCUGGAGAGUUGCUCCCUGACAUGGCUGACGGACGGAAGUCAGACAUGGGGCGAAAGUGUCCAGAGGGCAGCAGAGGAGAUCCACAACACCCAGGCUCUGCAUCACACCUCAUCGUCAUCCUCUUCUUCCUCCUCCUGCAUGAGUCCAUCUAUUGCAGAAGAGCGGAAGGUGGAGGCUGAGAGUGGAAGAAGUGGAGAUGGCUCUGCAGGAGGUGGCAGUGACCUGCUACCUCCAGAGUUCUUUGAGUUGCUGAGUGAAGGAGGAGUGGGAAUGGUGGAUGCGAGUGGCGCGGUGAUAAGCAGUGGCUAUUAUUAUCACCACCAUCAUCAACACCACCAGGUUAAUGUCCAUCCUGCGUCUCCCUCAGCCAGCGAGGAAGAACUACCUUGUGUCCCAGAUUCUCCAUCAUGCUCCUCCUCAGCCUCCCAGUCACCAUCUCAAAAUUGCUCUUCUCCCUCCUCACCGGUCUCUUCCCCUUCUGCCUACUCAUCCUCCCGUUUGGGAAAACGUAAGAGGACCACCAGCGAACGGGCCAAUGGUGCCUUGUCCUCUUUCACCUCCUCCACACAGCACACAUCCUCAUCCUACUCAUCUGCCAAAAAGAGUCGGAAAGAAAGAGAGCAAGAGAACGAGAGGAAGGUACAGGAGCUGACAGAGCAAAACGAGCGUUUGAAAGCGGAGAUUGAAAGGCUGGGAGAGGAGGUACAGAGGACACGCAGAGCCCUGAUAGAGAGGCUAGUUAACACCAGGAAAUGAGGAUAAAGAUGGAUAAAAGAUGACAGGUCCUACAGAAUUGGAAUAAGCAGUGGUGAGGAAAGGUGUAAUAUGGUGGUCAUGAAAUGCCUCUUAAACUAGAAAGGAUGGAAACCAAAGAUAUUUUAUAAGAGAGGAUUUUUGGAAAAGACAGAGCUAAAGAUGGAAAGAAGAAAAGUGAUGAAAGUCAAGAAAAUGUAGAGAAAAGGGGCUGCAGCAGCAGUGCAGCAAAUAAAAAGACACGGUAUGUACAAAAGAAAGGGAAGAACAAACAGCUCUAAGUGCAGAUCAUGCAGUGGUUUAAGAUGAAUGUUUGUCAUUUUAAAGAAUGCCUGCCACUAGGGUUCAUCACGUAGGAUGGUAGAAACAACAGUUAUGAGCAUUUUGUGAUUUGCAUAUAGGAUAGAAAAGAACUUAAUUCAGAGAGUGCAAUUCGUCAUCAUCAUCAUCAUCUCUUUCCACCAUUUUGCAAUAAACUGUAACUCCUACUUUAAGGGCUACAAUCUGGCUAGUAGAGAUUAUUUGCCCAAAUUUGUGGAGAGUUUAGGAGCUCAGGAAAAGUCUGAAAGUGCCCAGUGCAGUGUGAGUAUGAGAGAGAAUUCAUACCCUUUCUUACUAUUUUAUAACGCAUUGCUUGAGUGUAUGUGUUUCAGAUAAAGCAAGUAGGACCCAGCUAUACUUUCUAAGCUGAUCUUUUCUAUCAAUAUGGGAAUUUGUUGUUCUAUCCUGCUUUACUAUUUUUAUAUAAUGCUGUAAUAUACAAUUGUACUGUAUUGGCUUAUACUGUAAUAUUCCAACAUAUUCCGUUUAUUUUGUCAUUAUAGUUACAAAUUUUUAAUUGUAGAAUAAUAUGCAUGGCUUUUAUCAUUAAUGGCAUCAAAUACAUGUAUUUUACCAUACCAUUUAUUUUAA